UUGCAUAAAGAUGAGUUCAUUUCGGGUGAUUUUAAUUGUCGCGGUACUCGCAUUACCAUCAUGUUCGUGUGCAAAUAUAUUAGCAAUAGUUCCUAUGCCAUCCUACAUCCACCAGAUAGCCUUUACUUCACUGUGGAAGGAAUUAUCCCUAAGAGGGCAUAAAGUUACUGUGGUGACAACGGAUCCUCAGAAUGAUCCAAAAUUAACGAACCUCACCGAGAUCGAUACGAAUUGGUCUUAUAAAUAUUUCGGCAAUGUGAGCAAGUUGGUAGAAAAAUCUAUGAACAUGUGGAACGCUUUCGAUGUUUUUUCCGGUAUUAUGACGGGAAUUGGAGAAGGACAGCUCUCUUUUGGCCCUGUCCAGAAGCUGAUGCAGAGAGAAGAACAUUUCGAUGUUCUACUCGUGGAAGGAUUUUUUCCCGAGUUUCUAGGCUUUGCCGAGAUAUAUAACUGCCCGAAGAUUUUGAUUACAUCCUUGGAUGCACCCAAGUUUAUUCAUCGCUUUUUUGGAAAUCCAACUCAUCCCAUCCUGAACCCUGAGAUGGUGACUUCGUUCCAUGGAAAUUUAAAUUUCAGGGAAAGGGUAAUCAGUACAAUUUUCGACGUCUACUUUGCAUUCCAUUCGGUUAAAAAUUAUUAUGCCGAGAAGCAAAAGAUUCUUAAUAAAUAUUUUAACACAAAAUUAACCAUAUUCGAACUAAUGAGUGACGUUGACCUUUUGUUUGUGAAUGUGGAUCCAGUUCUGCAAACCGUUAAAUCUCUUGGUCCUUCCACAGUUACAAUAGGAGGUUUCAGAAAAGAUACACGUAAAAGGUAUCUGCCAAAGGAUGUGCAGGACUUUUUGGACAGCGCUAAAGAGGGUUUCAUUUACUUCAGCUUAGGAAGUAACGUGAAGAGCAAAGAUUUAAGAAAAGAGACACUGGAGGCCAUAAUAGAUACAUUAAAGUCAUUACCAUACAAGAUUUUGUGGAAAUUUGAAGCAGAUGAACUACCUGGAAAGCCAGACAACGUGAAGCUGAUUAAAUGGUCUCCCCAACAAUCAGUUUUGGCACAUCCGAAUAUAAUACUGUUCGUUACCCAGGGAGGACUUCAGUCCAUGGAAGAGGCUAUUUAUAGCGAAGUACCACUUGUCGUCAUUCCAUUUUUCGGAGACCAGGAACAGAACGCAAAACUGAUGCAAAGCAAGGGUAUCGCCGUCAUCGUAGAGGUGCGACCGUAUCUAGACAAAGACAAGUUGAAAACAGCUAUGUUGGAAGUUAUAACAAAUCCCCAAUAUCGCAACACAGUGCGGCGUCUCAAACAGCUCGCUUUAGAUACGCCUAUGACUGGUCUAGAAAAAGCGGUAUGGUGGACUGAAUAUGUCAUUCGAAAUAAGGGUGCCAAACACCUAAGGAAUCCCGCUGCGGAUAUUCCACUUUAUCAGUAUUAUCUUAUAGAUGUAAUAAGUUUUCUAUUGGCGGUUGUUGCACUUGUGAUAACUGCUGUAGUCUUAUUGGUUAAAUUUGUAUAUAGGUUUAUUUCGAAAUUCUUAGGAAAACAAGUACCAGUACACAAGAAAGUCAAUUGAUUUUCUAAAGCAGCGAUUUGUACAAAUGUAGAAACAUAAUAUACUUUAGUAUAUUGCCUGAAGCUACUUAUUUGUGGCAUAGUUUUAAGUUUUUUUUUAAUUACUGGAUAUUUUGCGACCUGUGAAAAUAAUUUAGUAACGAAAAGGAUCAGUUUUGCCUAGAAACAAAACUCUCACACUAAAAAGGGUAGACAAAUAGUUUAACAACUCAACGUCAUAGCUGAGCAAUGAAAACCAAAACAGAUCGAUUAUCGAAAAUUCAAGACUUUUGUUUUUUAUAUUUGUUUGCGUUUUUCAGUGUCAAAUUUUUGGUUUAGUAAAACUGUUUUAAUAAAAAUACCUAUUGGCUGAUCCUUUUAGUGCAGGGGCUUAUUUAAUAAAUUUUUAAUUUAAAUUUAAUAUUUCUUCACAGCUGGCAUAUUACCCAAUAAAGAAAAAUGAUAUAUCUCAGUGAAACUUCAUUGAAUAAGUGUAAGUACU